AUGGGCCUCUUGUUCGCCAGGAGUUUUGUUCUUGUCACUGCUCUGCUAGUUCUCUGCCUGCUUCUUCCUUGCAACGCGAAGCUGUCCAACAAGUUCUACGCCAAGACGUGCCCCAACGUGGAAUCCAUCGUGCGGGCCGUCAUGGCGCCGGCCGUCGCCGCGGAGCCGCGGAUGGGCGCGUCCAUCAUUCGCCUCUUCUUCCACGACUGCUUCGUCAACGGAUGUGACGCGUCGAUCCUCCUGGACGACACGCCGACGUUCACCGGCGAGAAGAACGCCGGCGCCAACGCCAACUCCGUCCGUGGGUACGAGGUGAUCGACACCAUCAAGACGCGCGUCGAGGCCGCCUGCAAGGCCACAGUCUCAUGCGCCGACAUCGUCGCGUUGGCAGCUCGCGAUGCCGUAAACUUGCUCAGGGGCCCGACGUGGAAGGUGCCGCUGGGCCGGAAGGACUCGCGCACGGCGAGCCAGAGCGCGGCCAACGCCAACCUACCUGGACCCGGCUCCAGCGCCGCGUCGCUCGUCGCGGCGUUCGCGGCAAAGGGCCUCUCGGCGCGCGAGAUGACGGCGCUCUCCGGCGCGCACACCGUGGGGCGGGUGCGCUGCCUCUUCUUCCGCGGCCGCAUCUACGGUGAGGCCAACAUCAACGCCACCUUCGCGGCGGCGCGGCAGCGGACGUGCCCGCAGGCCGGCGGGGACGGCAACCUCGCGCCGUUCGACGACCAGACGCCGGACACGUUCGACAACGCCUACUACGCCAACCUCGUGGCGCAGCGCGGGCUGAUGCACUCGGACCAGGAGCUCUUCAACGGCGGUUCGCAGGACGGGCUGGUCAGGAAGUACAGCGGUAAUGCUAAGAUCUUUGCCGGCGACUUUGCCAAGGCGAUGGUCAAGAUGGGUGGCCUCCUGCCGGCUGCGGGGACGCCGAGGGAGGUCAGGUUGAACUGCAGGAUGCUCAACUAA